CUACCGCCACUGAUGAGAUCCCUGUUUCCACUACUGCUGAGGAGGCCACCGAUGCCUCAGCGACCACGGAUUCUCCAGUUACGGCUACCGCUGUCGCCACCACGGCCGAGGUCAUCACCGAGGCCCCGGCUACCGCUGUCGCCACCACGGCCGAGGUCAUCACCGAGGCCCCGGCUACCGCUGUCGCCACCACGGCCGAGGUCAUCACCGAGGCCCCGGCUACCGCUGUCGCCACCACGGCCGAGGUCAUCACCGAGGCCCCGGCUACCGCUGUCGCCACCACGGCCGAGGUCAUCACCGAGGCCCCGGCUACCGCUGUCGCCACCACGGCCGAGGUCAUCACCGAGGCCCCGGCUACCGCUGUCGCCACCACGGCCGAGGUCAUCACCGAGGCCCCGGCUACUACCAUUGAAGCGAUUAACGCUGAGACUACUUUCAGUCCGAGUACGUAG